AUCGUGUCCCAGCCCACAGCCAACAGAGAAAACCAUUGUGUCAAAGAGACAGCACCAAAAGGCAAAACGAAGGACACCAUGGCAAAGAAGGUGGCAGUGAUUGGAGCGGGAGUCAGUGGCCUGGUCUCUCUGAAGUGCUGUGUGGAUGAGGGACUGGAGCCCACUUGCUUUGAGCAGACUGAAGAUAUUGGAGGGCUGUGGAGGUUCAAAGAAAAUGUUGAAGAUGGCCAAGCAAGUAUCUAUCAAUCUGUCAUCACCAACACCAGCAAAGAAAUGUCCUGUUUUAGUGACUUUCCAAUGCCGGAGGACUUUCCAAACUUCCUGCACAAUUCUAAGCUCCUGGAGUAUUUCCGGAUUUUUGCCAGAAAGUUUGAUCUUCUAAAAUAUAUCCAGUUCCAGACAACAGUCCUCAGUGUGAAAAAACACCUGGAUUUCUCAUCCUCUGGCCAAUGGGAAGUUGUUACUGAGAGGAACAGCAAGAAGCAAAGUGCUGUCUUUGAUGCAGUUAUGGUUUGCAGUGGCCAUCACAUCCUCCCUCACAUCCCACUGGAGUCAUUUCCAGGUAUCGAGAGGUUCAAAGGCCAGUAUUUCCAUAGCCGCCAAUACAAGCACCCAGAAGGAUUUGAGGGGAAACAUAUCCUGGUGAUUGGACUAGGGAACUCGGCCUCAGAUAUUGCCGUUGAGUUGAGUAAGAAGGCUGCUCAGGUAUUUAUCAGCACCAGACAUGGUUCCUGGGUCAUGAGCCGUAUCUCUGAAGAUGGUUAUCCCUGGGACAUGGUAUUCCACAGCCGGUUUAGGUCCAUGCUCCGAAAUGUCCUGCCACAAACAAUUCGAAAAUGGAUUAUGGAACAGCAGAUGGAUCGGUGGUUCAACCAUGAAAAUUAUGGCCUUGAGCCUCAAAACAAAUAUCUUAUGAAAGAACCUGUACUAAAUGAUGAUCUUCCAAGUCGUAUACUCUAUGGAACCAUCAAGGUGAAACCAAGAGUGAAAGAGCUCACAGAAACUUCUGCCAUCUUUGAAGAUGGAACAGUGGAGGAAGAGAUUGAUGUCAUUGUCUUUGCAACAGGAUAUACUUUCUCUUUUCCCUUCCUUGAAGAUUCACUUGUUAAAGUAGAGGAUAAAAUGGUCUCACUGUAUAAAUACAUGUUCCCUCCUCACCUGGAGAAGUCCACUCUGGCAUGCAUUGGUCUCAUCCAGCCCCUAGGUUCCAUUUUCCCAACUGUUGAACUUCAAGCUCGUUGGGCUACCAGGGUCUUCAAAGGCUUGUGUACCUUGCCCUCAGGGAGCACUAUGAUGGCGGACAUUAUCAAGAGGAAUGAAAAAAGAAUAGAUCUGUUUGGAAAGAGCCUGAGCCAGACACUGCAGACCAAUUACGUUGACUACUUGGACGAGCUUGCCUUAGAGAUAGGUGCGAAGCCAGACCUCCUGUCUCUCUUGUUAAAAGACCCCAAACUUGCUGUGAAGCUCUACUUCGGACCCUGCAACUCCUACCAGUACCGCCUCAUUGGGCCCGGGCAGUGGAAGGGGGCCAGGAGUGCCAUCCUCACCCAGAAACAAAGGAUACUGAAGCCUUUAAAGACACGGGCACCAAAAGCUUCAAGUGAUUUCCCUAUUUCCUUCCUGUUGAAAAUUCUGGGGCUUCUCGCUAUUGUUGUGGCCUUUUUUUUUCAGCUUCAAUGGUUCUAAUCCAUCAGCAUAAAGUUGACUUUAGUGUCAGUCAGUUCCUCUUAAAAAAGAAAAAAAAACUAAAAAAGAAAAAAUACAAAAUCUAGAUUCUAUAUUUCAGAGUUGGGAGGAGCAGAGAGAGGUUGCUGUAGAGAAUUCGAAGAAUUAGGUCCGGGUAAAACACCAAAAUGGUGUCAUGAAAGUUCUUUGCCAUUUCACUUUUCCUUCAAGUUCACCAGACUCUCCAAAAGGACAAUUAAAUAGCACUGGCUACAUACUGCCAGCCCCCAUGGAAGAGGGCUGUGUGGAAAAAAAUAGAAAUAUGCAAAAGGAAAAACAAGCUCCAUGGUUGAAAACAUUGGAAAAUUUCAAUGGUGGGUAAAUACUUAAACUCCUGCAUGAUGUUCUUGAUAGUCUUCUUACUUGGACUGUAUUUGGUAACAAAGCUCUCAGGAGUUAGGUCAUGCUCCAUUUGAUUAGCAAGGAAUCACUCAAAAGUCCUGGCAUAAAAAAUGAGAAGCUAGACUCAGAAAUUGAUGGCAAUGAUCAGGCAAGACUCCUGAGCUUCCUGGUGAAAGCUAAGCCAAUAGCCACAUUUCUUACAUUUUGAUAGAAACACAGCUAUAAAUAUACCAAAACAGCUAUAUACAUAUUUAGUACUUAUCAUAGACCAGACAUUGUGCUAAAUGCACAUCAUAUGUAUUAACUUCAUUUAAAUCUCACAAUAAUUCUCCAAGAUGUGUGAGGCUAUUCUACCCAUUUUACAGAUGAUGAAACUGAGACUCAGAGCAGUUGUGUAACAUGCCCAAGACCAUACAGCUGGUCUUGUAUGGAGCUGGGAUUGGAACCCAGUUUUGCUUGAUUCUAGAACUGCAGAUCAUAACCUUUACCCAGAAUAUACUUAUUUACAAAAACCCUUAUUAUUGAUAAAGUACUUAUUAACAGUUUAUUAUAUUUGUAAUCAUAUAUAUGUUGCUUUUGGAAGAACUUAAUACAGAUAACAGUAUUCUUCUUGCAAAUAUAAUCAAUUAAUUGUAUUCAUAAUACUUGUUUUAUAGACCAGCCAGAUCUAAAAAGCAUUUGAAGGAAUUUACAAUGAAAACCUAUACAAGGCGGCGGCCUGGGUGGCUCAGUGGCUCAGCGGUUUAGCGCUGCCUUCAGCCCAGGGAGUGAUCCUGGAGAUCUAGGAUCAAGUCCCUGCAUGGAGCCUGCUUCUCCCUCUGCCUCUCUGCCUCUCUCUGUGUGUUUCUCAUGAAUAAAUAAAUAAAUAUUAAAAAAAAGAAAACCUAUACAAGAACAUUUAAGAUAAUCAUUGGCAUUUUGAAAAAACAAGCAUCAAGGAAGAAGUAUAUGUCUCAAGUAGAUGAAAAGCAUUAUAAUAAUUUAGCCUUGUAUUUAGCUCUAACCUUAAAAAUAACCAAUGCAAAAAGUGAAACAAUAUGUAAUCUCUGUCAUUUGAUAAAAGGAAGCAUAGCAGUUUGUCAGGAGACAUACAUUCUUGGAACUGAAAUCUAAAAAAGAUACAAGCAAUUCAACAUCAACAGAUAUUGAGCAACAUAAUAAACAUUUGGUUUAUCAGUCUACUACAGUCAUUCUCUGCAUGAACUGUGCUUCGGGAAAUAAACUAUGCCCUAAGCCCAAGGCCUUUUGAAGAGGGAAAAAGUCAGAGAUUAGAGAUUUAAGCAAAUUUCUCCUCUUACUCUUCCAAAGUCUGUGUGGAAACUGUUCUUCACUUUGGCCUGGAUUUGUCCCUGAAGUAUCCAGAGCAAUGUAAUGGCAACCUGUCAGUGGAAGCUUUAUUUUUUAUUGAAAUGCAAAAUAAUUUUUCAUUGUCCUAUGGGCAGUUUUCUUUGAAAAAAUUGCAGAUGGUAUAUAUACUUCUUGAUUAAAAACUGAUUACUUUGCUAAUUAUUAAAAUUAUUUGCCAGCCAUUAUGGCUUGCAAUAUAUGGCUUGCAAUAUGAUGCAGAAAGCCAUUUUAUUAUUGAUAAAAAUAAUAUUGAUAAUAAUAAUAAAUUGAAAGCCUUUAUGGCUAGAACAGGUGAACUGUUGUCUGUGGAUUAAAUGCAGAGCACUACAUAUUUCUGUAAAUAAAGUUUUAUUGGAACACAACCACAAAAUACAUUUAUGGUCUGUGGCUGCUUGCAAGCUAUAAUAGCAGAGGUAAGUAGUUGCAACAAAAACAGUGUGACUCACAUGCUAUAAAAAAUUUAAUUUUAUUUCUUUAAUCCUCAAACCCUUAUUAUGCAUCAGCAGAUUGAAACUCAAUAGAGUCAAAUGAUCUUCCCAAGUUAUGUGGCCUGUAAGUGGGUCCAGCUGGGCUUUACUGCCAGCACAUGAUGGUGUACCAGAUAACGAACUGGAAAAAAGUCAUUUAUUCUUUGUUUUUCAGUGUCUGUCUUAUAUCCAAGAUAAAAAUGUAAUUUUAAUCAAUUCUGUUCCCUCUCUACACACCAAAAAUAAAAUUUACCCCCCAAGAAUACUAAAAACUACAAGUUGUCAAAGAUUCACAAAUGCUCUUAAUAUGUCUGAUAAGAUGAUAUAAAAGUAUAUUAAUGUCUACAUUAAUAAAUAUUAUAUUAAUUUAGGUAUUAAAAUAUCUAAAUAAGAAUGGGAACUGCAUUUGUUUAAGAAAUAGAUAUAUCUUCACAAGUGCCUGAGGAAAAAAAGAGAGACUUGAG